UGUUUGAGUCGGGAGCCAGGGAAGAGGGCCGGAUCGUCGACUUUCUGAUUGGUCCCGAGCGGCAACUAAAUAUUCCCUGACGCAUGCGCAUCGCCUGCUUCCGGCGAAGGAGCUCGGUGUACCGGCUUUUCCGGCCCGGGUGGAGUUCCUGCCCUGCCUUACUCGGGCCUUCCGUGUGCAAUGGCUCCGGACUCAGGUCCCUUUCCCGAAGGGCCGCUCUUAAAGCUGCUACCCGUAGAUGAAGACAGGGCCACCCAGCGCUGUCGCCUGGGCCCGGCCGCCCUCCGCGCCUUGGGCGCGCGCCUGGGCUCGGCGGUGAAGAUCUCGCUGCCGGACGGAUCCACCAACCGGCCGGACGCGCUAGACCCAGCGCUGCGCAGACCUGGGAGAUUUGACCGAGAGGUUGUCAUUGGGACUCCCACACUUAGACAAAGAAAUGCAAUUCUACAAGUGAUUACCUCAAAGAUGCCCAUCUCCAGUCAAGUCGAUUUGAGCCUCCUUGCAGAAAUGACAGUUGGCUAUGUUGGUGCAGAUCUGACCGCACUCUGUAGGGAAGCUGCCAUGCACGCUCUGCUUCAUAGUGAGAAGAACCAGGACAAUCCGAUGAUUGAUGAAACAGACUUCCUUGAAGCUUUUAAAAAGAUCCAACCCUCAUCAUUCCGAAGUGUCAUUGGACUGACGGACAUCAAGCCUGUCGACUGGGAGCAGAUUGGUGGCCUUGAAGAUGUAAAACUGAAGUUAAAACAGAGCAUUGAAUGGCCUCUGAAAUUCCCCCAGCAGUUUGUUAGGAUGGGCCUGACACAACCAAAGGGGGUUCUCCUAUAUGGUCCCCCUGGCUGUGCGAAAACCACCCUGGUCAGGGCCCUGGCCACCAGCUGUCACUGCUCUUUUGUUUCAGUGAGCGGAGCUGAUCUCUUUUCAUCUUUUGUUGGAGAUUCAGAAAAAAUCUUGUCUCAGGUAUUUCGACAAGCAAGAGCAAAUACUCCAGCAAUUGUGUUUUUGGAUGAAAUUGAUUCAAUCUUGGGUUCUCGAUCAGUCGGCAGAACAGGAUGUAAUGUUCAAGAGCGUGUUCUUUCUGUUCUCCUAAAUGAAUUAGAUGGGGUUGGACUGAAGACUAUAGAGAGAAGAGGAGGUAAUUCAGAUCAACAUGGUAAAUACAAGGAGCUGGAAAAAAAUGAAGAGCUAGAGUUUCAAGAAGUUUUUAAUAGCAAUGUCAUGAUUGUUGCAGCAACAAAUAGACCUAAUGUGUUAGAUGAUGCCUUGUUGCGGCCUGGAAGAUUGGAUAAGAUCAUUUAUAUUCCACCUCCAGAUGAAAAGGGCAGGCUUUCUAUUUUGAAAAUCUGUACAAAAAACAUGCCAGUGGGGCCUGAUGUUUCCUUAGAAAAGCUAGCAGCAGGAACCUGUUUUUUCUCUGGAGCUGAUCUUGGAAACCUCUGCAAAGAAGCUGCCUUGCUGGCUCUGCAAGAAAAUGGACUAGAAGCAACCACAGUGAGACAAGAGCAUUUUCUAAAAUCACUGGAGACUGUAAAACCAUCCUUAAGUCACAAGGAUUUGACUUUAUAUAGAAACUUAUUUCAGAAACCAGAAUUUUCUACCUUAGAAGAUAUUUAAAAAUUAUUUUACAUAAUUACCAAAGGAUUAAUUGAAAUGUGAACUUACACUAUAGUUUACAUAUUCACACUCCAUGUAUUUCCUAUAAAUAAAAAAAACUUGCUCCUGA